AGUAAACAAGUUACGGAACCAGCAAUUUAUACCCGUGUUUUUACCCUUUUAACCACGAAUCAGAUAUGCAUAAAAAUCAAAGCACAAGAUUCCUGAAGUAGCAAAAGAUUUUCUCCAAAUUUUAUUUCUGCUGCUGUUGCGAGGGCCGUCGGCUCUAAUUUUCGCAGUACUCGUGUCUCUUGGCUUGCUCAGAAAGUAGGGACUGCUAUUCUAAAAUUGUAAGCAUUAUGAAGAAGACAAAAAACCCAAUGGUUUUCUUGGAUCUUUCCAUGGAUGGGGAUGCUGCUGAAAGAAUUAUUAUUGAGUUGUUUGCUGAUGUUGUCCCUAAAACUGCUGAAAAUUUCCGGGCUCUCUGCACGGGUGAGAAAGGUGUUGGAGUCUCAACAGGGAAACCUCUGCACUACAAGGGUUCCACAUUUCAUCGCAUAAUCAAAGGGUUUAUGGCACAAGGCGGUGACUUUUCAAAAGGAAAUGGAACUGGUGGAGAAAGCAUUUAUGGAGGAAAAUUUGCUGAUGAAAACUUCAAGCUCGAUCAUACUGAGGCUGGUCUCCUCUCGAUGGCUAAUGGUGGCCCGAACACAAAUGGAUCUCAGUUUUUUAUACUUUUCAAGCGACAGCCUCAUCUUGAUGGAAAACAUGUUGUUUUUGGAAAUGUUGUGAGUGGAAUGGAUGUUGUUAAGAAAAUGGAACAGCUUGGAACAGCUGAUGGGAGACCAGUUGGAAUUGUUAAGAUCGUAGAUUGUGGUGAGAUGUCUGAUGCGAAGAUGGAAAAUUUAGUUGUAGCCGACAAAGUUAAGAAGAAAAAAUCAGCAAAAGAAGUUGCAAUUAAUGACGGUUCUGACAGCCAUGCCAAACGAAAGCAGAAAGCAUCUACGAAGGAUAAAAGGAGAAAGAGGAGCUACUCCUCAUCUGGUUCUGAUAGCUCUGGCGCUGAUUCUGAUUCAUAUUCAUCCGAGUCUGAUUCAUAUUCGGACUCCGAGUCAGAUGCUUCUUCAGAAUCUGAUUCUUCAACUUCAUCUAGUGAUGGACGGCGUAGGAAGAAGAGGAAAUUGACAAAGAAGGGAAAACGUAAACAUGGGAAAAAAGGGAAGGCUGGAGAAAGGAAGAAGAGAAGAGCUCAUAGCAAUAGAAGAUCAAAGAGAAAUUCUAAAAGGUACUCGGGAAUCUCUAGUGAUACAGAGAGUAGUGGAAGCAGUUCUGCUACCAGCAGUUCUGAUGAGGAAAGUGCACGUAGGGGUAAAUCACGGAAAAGCAACAGGAAAAGUGAACAAGAGAAGAAGCCAGUCCGCAGUCAUGGGAAUGAGAAAAAGCCACCAAAUCCUAGCCUAGUAUCUGGAGAGGAGCGAAAAGGUGAUGAUAGGAAACACACUGGGGGCGACUCCUCUCACGAAGAGGGUGAACUUCCUCAAAAGAAUGGCACCCGUAUGAAUAAUGGCCAAGGGCAUAUCAAGAACAAUGAAACUUCUACCAGAGGACGACGAGCUGAUUCAAGCAGAUCCAGGAGUCGAUCUCCAACUUCUGGUGGGAGGCCCAGCCCUCACAGCAGUCCAAUUGAAAGUCCCAGACUUGAAGAGAACAGUAAUAUUCCUAAAGCUAUUGCUAGUCAAAAUGAGAAAAAUCAUUCUCAGAUUCCAGUCAGGAGUCCUGCUGGCAAAGGUACUCAGCCUUCUGCUUCUACUCAUGGUCGGGAUUUGUCACGAAGCCGCUCUCCAGGUGGAACUCCGAAGCGUGUUAGAAAAGGCCGGGGUUUUACUGAGAGAUAUGCAUUUGUUAGAAAAUAUCGUACACCUUCUCCAGGACGCUCACCUGAUAGAUCUUAUCAUUACAGUGGAAGAAAUGUUCAAAGGAAUCAUGACAGGCAUCCAAGCUAUAGAGGCAGAUAUGAACGCUCACCCCAAAGACGUCACCGUAGUCCACCUAGAAGAGGAAGAAGCCCGCCAAGAUAUGAACGCAAGAGGAGUCGAAGCAGGUCUCCUUCUCGAAGCCCUGGAGCCUACCGGGGUCGUGGGAGGCGCUAUAGCAGAAGUCCCGUGCGCAGUCCUAGCCCUUCAGAUAGGCGCCCCGUUAUAAGUGACAGACUGAAAUCUCGUCUCGGGCCUAAGAAGAGUGACGAUUCCCCUCGAGGAAGGUCAAUAUCACGCUCCAGGAGCCGCAGCCCACGUAGAUCAAGAUCACCUGAUGGUGGCUCGAGAAAGCAUCCGCGCAAAGUUUCGUCAGCUUCGCCUCGAAGCUCUCCGUCGAGCCCUUCUGGUGGUGGGCAACGUGGCCUAGUAUCAUACGAAGAUGUGAGUCCUGAUAAUGGGGUGAGUUAGUUAUGGAACAUGAAAUCUCUGUUGUAAUAUCACUCAGUUAUUUUGUCCUGAAACUAUGCCUUCCUAUUUUUUUGACUGAGUUGAGAAUUAGACUGAUUUGGAGAGGAAUUAUGUUUAUUGGAUCAUACUUCCGUUUCCGAUUCCUUUCAUUAUUCGUCAUUCGUGUCCCAUUAAGCAUUUGGGAUAUUCUAUCUCA